AUGUUCUUUUUGUUCGUUUCCAAAACGCGUGAUAAAGUGAUGGCUACAAAAAAGGCUGAAGGCUUUGGAGGCGGGGAGCUGUUUCUACUCCGGCCGGAAGGUCAACUUGGGCAUCUUUUGUCCUUUUUCUUUGGGAAGACAUUUCGCAAAAACUUCCUUUCCAUUUACUUCUUAAGUCCUUAUAUUGAUUCAUUUUGUCUCCUGGAUCAUCAUCUUCUUCUUCUUCUUCUUCUUGUCCUCCCCUUCUUCUUCUUCUUCUUCUCAUCCUCCUCCUCCUCCUCUUCCUUCUCCUUCAUCUCUUCCCCUUCUUCUUGUCUUCCCCUUCUUCUUCUCCUCCUCCUCAUUCUCUUCCUCCUCCUACUCCUUCUUCUUUUCCCCUUCUUCUUCUUCUCAUCCUACUUCUCUUCCUUCUCAUUCUUCUCCUUGUUCUCCUCCUCCUUCAGGUCCGCCUACUUUUCUCCUCCCCCUUCUUCCUCUUCUACUUCUUCUCUUCCCCUUCUUAUCUUUCUUCUUUUUCUACUCAUAUUCUUCCACAUUUUCUUGUCUUCCCCUUUUUCUUCUUCUCAUCCUACUCCUCCUUCUCUCCCUCCUCCUACUCCUUUUCUUCCCCUUCUUCUUCUUCUCUUCCUCUUCUUCUUCACUACCAGCAAACAUUUUUUUGUUUGCUUAGCCGAUAUUUUUUGGCUUCAUUUCAUGGCACUCCGACUUUUCGAAAAUUAUAUUUAUUCUUCCUUUUAUGAAUACAUCUUCAUCUUUUCAAACGUCGUCUACUUUAUAACUCUUCCUAUUUCCUCCUCUACGAUUUCCAUCCCAAAGCCUUCCUUCAUUUGUAAUUAUUAUUACCCUCUUGAAGCUGUGAAGUUUUUCCUUUGCCAGUCACCGCUGAUGCAUGUUUUGUCUUUUCUCCUUGGGGUUUAUCUCUGCUCAUGA